AUUUUACUAAUCACUGAAGAUCGAUUUUAGGGUACUGCCUUCAUAUCGACCUGAAUAUUUGUUCAUGUAUUUCUUAUUUUAUCUAUUUUUAUACGUCGAACUACAAGACAUAAAGGAGUAACAAAUAAUAUAAAUUUUGUAACCAAACGAAAGAAUAGGUCGUGUUCAGGGAGAAGUAAAUAAAAUAUAAUUUAAUCAAGUUAAAACUGACAAUACAUUUAUAAAACCCAAGUUCCAAAAUGAUAACUGAUAACUCCAAACGGAAGUGACGUAAAACAUAUUUAAUGUUUACGAGAACACAACUUUGUUCUCGUGAAAUAUAUCUCAUCUGAUGGAACAAUUUGACGUCUUCGGAAACGAAGGCUUUCGGUAAAUUUCUUCAUAAAAUCUUCCAUCAUGAGUAAUAAUCAAAUCCGACUUCAGUGCAAGAGCAGUGCUGGCAAACAUGUACUCACUGGUUUAACUAUGCAGUCUACUGUUGCUUGUCUGAAGCAGCUUAUUACCAAAGUCACCAACAUUCCUUCGGAACAACAAAAAAUCUUUUAUGGUUAUCCUCCAAAGCAUGCUAAUCUUAGUGAUGACAACUUACAGCUUUCAAAUUGUCCUUUCCGAUCUGGAGAUCUUCUUAUUGUGGAAAAGAGCCUGGGUCCAAAAGUCAAAGAUUCCUCUAGCAAACCACUUUCUUCCAUUGAAAAAAGUACUACUAUACCAAAGACUAGGAAAUCAUCAGGUAUAUUAAUACGAAAGGUUGUACCAGCCAAUAAUUCUUGUUUAUUCACAAGUGUUAAUACAGUGAUGAAUAAUGGAUUAGUUGAUCUUUCAUGUGCUGAUUCUAUGCGGAAAUUAGCUGCAAAAAUAGUUAUGAAUGAUCCAGUAACAUAUUCUACAGCUUUACUUGGACAAGAGAAUUCUAAAUAUAUUAACUGGCUUUUAAAAGAAGAUUCUUGGGGGGGUGCUAUUGAAAUUUCUGUGCUAAGCAAACAUUAUAAUGUCGAAAUUGAUGUGGUUGACACACAAUCAGGUCGUAUUGAUCGAUUUGGUGAAGAUCAAAAAUACGAUAAAAGAGUAUUAUUGAUUUAUGAUGGAAUUCACUAUGAUCCUUUGAUAUUGGAACUUGAUGAUUCUACAUGUGAAACUAUUUUUUCGACUAGUGAUGAUGAUGUGUUGCAGCAAGCCCUUGAAAUUGCAGCUGUUGCUAAAGCAAAUAGGCAAUUUACUGAUGUGAAUAAAUUCACUUUGCGUUGUAUAGUUUGUCAGACCCAGUUAACAGGCCAGUCAGAAGCUCAACAACAUGCUGAGCAGACUGGUCACAUUCAAUUUGGACAGAUUUAAUUAUGUAUUCCAAUUAUCAGGUUAAUCAGUUGUGUUGGUGUAGCUUGUAUGAUAAGUGUCAUGUACUUUAUAUACAAUCAACAUAUUCAGUUGAAAAGUUUUUAAUAUAUG